CGGCCGCGGCCCGGCCCGGCCCGGCGCAUGGGGCGGCUGCUGCGGGGCGCGGCGCUGGCGCUGGGGCGGCUGCACGCGGGGCUGCUGCGGGGGCUGCUGUGGCCGGCGGGGGCGCCGCCGCGCCCGGCCGCCUCGGAGGUGCUGACGCGCCACCUGCUGCAGCGGCGGCUGCCGCCCUGGACCUCCUUCUGCGUCAAGUACAGCGCGGUGCGCAACGACCAGUUCGGCCUCUCCAGCUUCAACUGGGCGGUGCGCGGCGCCAACUACCGCGUGCUGCGCACCGGCUGCUUCCCCUUCGUCAAGUACCACUGCUCGCGCGGGCCGCGCUGCGACCUGGCCGCGCAGGACGCCCUGCUGGCCGCCCUGAAGCUGCUCAACCUGGGUAUCCCAACAUUAUUGUACGGAAUUAGCUCUUGGUGUUUUGCCAGCGUCACAGAGACUGUUCACACGUGCUGUGGUCCGGUCACUAUUUACUUCCUGAAUAAAGAAGACGAAGGUGCCAUGUACUAAUCCUUGGUUCCAAGAAUGAUUACUGUGGUAAAUUACUAUAGAAAAGCAUAUUUCCCCAGCCUUUUGCUGUGUCAACAUUCUUUUGCAAAUAGUAUGUGUGGUUUUUCAAGACACGUCCCUGUUCUUCAGUAACAUUUUGCUUUUCUUUGAAUCUGGAAAACAAGUUAAGUACACAUUGCUGUAUGAUGCACAUACGCAAACUAAACAAAACUCUGGGAAAUUACUUGAAUUAACUUCUUACAUCCAAAACCGAUGUUUGCCUCUUAAUGAAAAUACGGACCUUUUACAAUCUUACCCAAUUAUCCAAUGCUUCAGCACAAUCUAAAAGUAAUAGCUUUUCUCGUAAUGAAUGGGUUUUUAAUAUAUAACACUGAUGUUCAAAACUGUGGUUCAGUCCUCUCUGAUAAAUAGAAGUGGUUUCUGUCAAAAUCCAGAGAUUUGCGGGGGGGGGGGGGAAAGGGUCUUAAUUUCAGAGCUUUGUGUGUGGAGAUUGGACACUAUUAAUCUGUAAAUGGUUUGUGGGUCUUGUCCCUGCAGCCAGAUAGAGGGGUUGUGAUCCAGCCAAAAUUAAGCACCUAUUCAGUCCCAUUGCGUUCAAUGGGAGAGAUUUAAGUAUGUGCUUUACUAUUUGACUCAAUGAGAUUUAGAAGUAAUUAACUUAUGUUUUGAGUUUGUCAUGUACUUAAUGUAGAAAAUUAUACUCAAGCACUUUCAAACUCUGUUGACUUCUAAACAGUUCCUGGUAAAGUGUCGCAGAACCAUUAGUUAUGCAGACAGAUCUAAGAAUGUGUAUAAAAUGUGUUUGUUUUAAAUUAUUUCAGCAAGUUAUUUUCAUCAGGGACAUUUGCUGUAAAACAAAAUAUAAUUUAUUUUUCAAAAGGCUUCAGUGAGAUGUGCAAGUAUAUUUCUUAAAAUACAUCAGAAUUGAAAUAUGAAUUGCUUUCAUUUAGGACACAAGUAGUACAUUUAUUCUGUUUAACUGCAACUCUAAAUAAAUCUGUAAUCAAGGAAGCACCCUGGCAUAUUUGAUUCCGAAGGAUAUUUCUAAUGCAAGUUAAAUAAAUAGUUCACCCAGUGGA